GACUCAGACCGGCGCCCUCCGUUCACCAGGUCGCACAAGAUUCAGAGGUGCGGCGGUAAAUUCCAUCUUCUCAUCGGGGUCACUGGAAGUGUAGCAGUCAUAAAGCUUGAGGAGUUGAUCCAAAAAUUAUAUCAUAGCUGUCCUGAAAAUAAACUUGUCAUAAAGGUGGCCGCCACUCAGUCAGCCUUGAGCCUUAUCGAGACCCAAGACUUUGAUAUAGACGAAGUUAUUUACGAAGACAGGGACGAAUGGUCUAUGUGGAGAGGUCGAGGAGACUUGGUGCUUCAUAUUGAGUUGCGGAAAUGGGCAGAUGCUAUGCUGCUUGCACCUUUGGACGCCAACAGUCUUGCGAAAAUUGCUAUGGGACUCAAUGAUAAUUUGGUCACUUCCAUAGUACGGGCGUGGGAUCCUCGAAAGCCGCUAUACUUUGCUCCGGCUAUGAAUACUAUGAUGUGGGAAAAUCCGCUUACCUUUCAACACAGGAAUACAUUGAAAGACCUUUUACAAUACAAGGAAAUCCCUCCAAUGGAAAAGGAGUUGAUGUGUGGUGACACAGGAAUUGGUGCCAUGGCGACUACAACCAUGAUUGCUACCAUAAUUGCAACGGUAGUAAGGAAUAGAUUUGCAGUUUAUACCAAAUGUGACGAUGAUCCUGCGCCGGACGUUGUGUAG